AUGGCGACCCCACCCCCAGAUGGCGUUUAUGUCCCCGUCCCCACUUUCUUCCAGCCCUUCGACAAGUCCGCAUACAAACAACCACUCGACCUCACUGCUCAAACUGAGCAUACCCUUUUCCUCGCCAAUGCUGGAAUCACGGGUUUGGUCCUUUGUGGGUCGACUGGUGAAGCCGUACACUUGACGCCUGGAGAACGCGCUGAGCUUAUCAGGUCCCAAAAGACUGCGCUGGUAGAGGGAGGGUUCAGCAAUGUAGUCAUUAUGGCUGGGACGGCUAGUCAAAAUAUCGACGAGACUAUCGGAAUCAUUGCGGAGAGCAAAGAGGCUGGCGCCGACUAUGCGCUCGUUUUGACACCUAGUUAUUUUGCGACUGCAGGGGGUUAUAGUGAGGAAGGGCUGAGGAAUUGGUUUACUGCAGUGGCGGAACAUAGUAUUUUACCAGUUUUGGUUUAUAACUACCCAGCUGUCACGAAUAACCUCCAGCUUUCGCUAUCGCUAAUGAAGCACCUUGCGAGUCAUCCAAAUAUAGUAGGCUGCAAGUUAUCGCAUGGGAAUAUAUCGCACCACUUGAUCUUAUCGUCGACAAAAGAGAUCAAUCACGAUAAAUUUAGAGUAUACACCGGUCUCGGACAACAACUACUCCCACUUCUCCUAUCCGGCCCUGGCGCUGCAGGCGCGAUCGAUGGAACGGCAGCUUAUUUCCCAAAGACUUUGUUAAGGAUUUGGAACCUAUCGAAGAAAAUCUCUGCAGCGAAUGGAAAUGUGACGAAGGAGGAGUGGGAAGAGGUUCAUGCUUUGCAAUGUGCUUAUAGCGAAGUCGAGGAGUGGGUUGUUAAGUUUGGGACUAUUGGAAUCAAAGAGGCGGUUAAGAAGGUGCUUGGUAUUUCCGUCGGACAGGAUGGUGGAAGACUACCUUUUUGCGAAGGAGCUAGCGGUGGUGGCGGGCCCGCGAAGCAGUGGGAGAACUUCAGAGGGGCCUUUGAAGCAGUACAGGACUUUGAGGGCAAGUUGUAA